GUUAAUGACGACGACGAAGAAGAAGUACCGUAGCAUCUUACCUUCAGGAGGAAAAAUAGAAAGUCUUGUUAAUUUUGAAAUCAGAAGCAGCAGAGACUCUUUAUUUUUCUUUAAAACAUUUAGUAGGUUUGUGCUUUUCUUUAGCUCUGUUUUUGAAAACUUGAACUUGCUGACAGAUGAGACCCGCCAUGUUUUGCUAACUAGCUACAUAAGCAAACAAACUACUUUUCCGGUUUCAUGUCGGUUUCUGUUAGCCUCGGGGCUAACUGUCGCUGUAGGCGUGUGGGUUAGUUGGUUAUGGACUGAGAAGUGGUUAUGUUGAGAUUAUUGAGUGUUUCCAGGCUUGUACGCAGGGCUGUGUGUGUCAGUGCUGAAGAAAUGGGCAAGAAGGGCAGUUUCUUUUACGCUGUAAGGAAAGGACACAGGCCUGGUGUGUACCAAACAUGGGAAGAAUGCAAGUUUCAAGUGGACAGAUUUCCUGAUGCACGAUAUAAAAAGUUUGCUACUGAAGAUGAUGCAUGGGCUUUUGUCAGGAACAAGACAACAUCCACAGAGAGUUCUGAAGCCACCCUGCCAAGCACAAGUGUUCCUGUUGGCUCGAAAAGGUCCAUUGAAGAGGAUGAGGUUGAUGGAGGGAGUGUGAAACGAGUGAAACUUGAGCCCUCUGCUGCCAACAGUACUAAGGGGUUCACUUACAUGGGAGAUGCGGUGGUGGUGUACACAGAUGGCUGUUGUACGAAAAACGGGAGAAAUGGAGCUCGUGCAGGGAUUGGAGUGUACUGGGGUCCCGAUCACCCUCUUAACGUUUCAGAGAGGUUAUCAGGGAGACAAACCAACCAGCGAGCCGAACUACAGGCAGCCUGCAGGGCUCUGGAACAAGCCAGAGAUAUGGACAUCAAAAAGCUGGUCCUCUACACAGACAGCAAGUUCACUAUUAACGGGAUUACUAGCUGGAUAAAGACCUGGAAAGUCAACAGCUGGAGACUCAAAACAGGUGGCAAUGUGGUCAAUAAAGAGGACUUCCAAAAGCUUGAUGAACUAAAUGAAGAACUUGAUGUUAAAUGGAUGCACAUCCCAGGCCAUGCUGGCUAUUUAGGAAACGAGGAGGCAGACAGACUCUCUAGAGAGGGAGCAGCAAAGCCUCAGUGGUAACUGGUGCUGGCUGACUAAGGCUGCUGCUGCUGCGUUACUGCAUGAGCUCAGGUUAUUAGUGUUUGUGUGGAGUUAUUGGAAAGUAAACUCCUCCUGCAUUUUUAUUUUCAGUUCAUUUUAUUUUUUUCUGUAAAUAAAUAUUCAUCUGAAUUCGGAUGCUUUUGCAAGCGUUUUUAUUUUAUUUUUCCCCCUUUUCUGGAUGCAAACCUUUACAGGUAUGAUAAAAGAAGUGGUGUUUUCUUGAGGGUUUGUGGAUACAUAAUCAGAUCAUUAAUAACCAGUAAUUAACUGUUAGUAGGUCAUAUUAUGUAAUUAUUUAUAUAGACGUCGAAUUUGUAUUGUCCGUUGGUUUUGAUACGGAUUGUGAUCACCCACCCACUGUAAUACUGUAGUGUAACACCAGAUGGCACUGCAGUGUUUUCGUUCUGUGGAUCGGUACUGGCGAAGACCGGAGGCAUAAUGUGUGAAAGGAAAUGCAAGUAAUUGAGGGACAUUUUAAACCAUUUCUGCGUUGCGUAAUAACUUGUAUUGUGCAUUCGUAGUGUUCACCAGGAGUGUACGUUUUGUGGGGGGAAAAUAUAUAAAACGUGUAUUAUAGUUUAUUAAUUAAAUAUCUUUGUACCAAACUUUUGAGACAAUGCUGAAUAAAUGUAUUUGGAUUUGUUGUA